AUGGAAACCAAAAACGAAGGAAAUGCAGUUCGAAUUCGAAUUGAGAAUCCAUUUGCUUUCAAAGUUGGUCAAGUAUUUACUGGUUUUGGAAUCGGUUGUGGCGUCGGAAUCGGCGUUGGACGCCCUUUAAAUCUAGCUGCAAUACCUAUGUUGAAUCAAGUAAUGAGUGCUACUAGGGGUGCUACUGAUGCAUUUUCUGGUGUUAGCAGGCAUGUAAAUACUUCUUUGAGGAAGUUUGGAGCUAAAAAUAUUGAAGUGGGUGUUGGAUGUGGAGUUGGUUUUGGUCAUGGUUUUGGAGCUGGACUUGCUGUGAAACCUGGGGUGUUGAAUCAAAUUCAAUCUUGCCUUGUAGUAACAAUGACAAAGAUGAUGAUGAAGUUUGGACUUACUCCCAGUUUACCAUUUAGUCCGGGUGCAUUUCCCUCAUCCUUACAAAGCGUCACAAGCACAGUCAGUACAGGAAGCAUGAUGCCGUUAGUAACUAAAUCGACUGAUCAAUUAUCUCAAGGUCUAGCGGGAUCUCAACCAAUGAACAUUGGUUUGGCUUUUGAUAAAACUGCAAUAAAAGACACUGCAGUUGACACUACAUAUGGCAGCCGAACCGAGAAGGUUCUUAACAACUUUUUGCAAAAUCCACUGUUGAAGGGAGAAGGAGGAGCUUCCGGGGAAGUUGCUGGACGCUUGAUCACAGAGAACAAAAUACUUCAGAUGGUUUUGAAACACCAACAAAUCAUUGAAGAACUUGUUGAGGAAAAUGAGAAGCUUAGGCAGAUACUAGUGGAAGAGCUGAAAGUACCAUCGAGCAAACUGGAAUCGGGUUCUUCAGGUAGAAUUAGAAAUAAGUUGCCAUGUACUGAUUGUUUUGACUGCCGUAGAAAACAAAGAAGAAAGUAG